UGCUGGUGCAGUUGUUAAGUACCAUCUUCUGCACUUAUUAUCCACCCCACCCCAUUUCUCUUCUUUCUCCACAGACAUGAAAAGGGAUUUCAGAAAUUGCCUCUUUUGGUUGAAGAAUCAGCGGUUAGUAUGAUCAAAGCUACGUGAAAGGUGAGUUUGGAAGAGGAAACCGGGCGAAAAGAUGGAUCAAACAGUCUGCUUUUUCACAGUGGCGAACACCCGCAACAGCAGCAGCAAGGAGACGAUUAGGCGCAGAAACAGAGAGAAAAGAUACCCUCUUCUAUCCUUCCAUGAAUUGCCGGACUACAUGAAGGAUAAUGACUACAUACUCAACUAUUACAGAGCUAAUUGGCCGCUCAAAGUAGCACUCCGCAGCCUCUUUCAAUGCCACAAUGAGACCCUUAACAUCUGGACGCACUUGCUUGGAUUUUUGGUGUUUGUGGGAUUGACUGUAGGCAAUCUAGCGGAUGUGCCUCAGGUUGUAGAUUUCAUCACAAUGUUUUCUGGGCAACUUCCAUCAAGUGCAGAAGGUAAUGUCUCCAGCAAAUUGUCCCUGGGGCCAGUAAAACCGAUAGACUUGCAGCAGAAAUCAAGUCUGGAAGGCGACAUAAACUCCCGAGAAACAUCCACCCCAAACUGGCCAUUUUAUGUGUUCCUAUGCGGCUCCAUGUUCUGUCUCCUCUCAAGCAGCAUGUGCCAUCUCUUUUGCUGCCACUCCCGUCGCUUAAACGAAUACCUACUCCAAUUGGAUUACGUCGGGAUCACAAUCAUGAUAAUCACCUCCUUCUUCCCUCCAAUAUACUACAUCUUCCAGUGCACCCCACAUUGGCAGUUUGUCUAUCUCACUGGUAUCACAAUCAUAGGAACAUGCACUGUCAUCACAUUGCUCUCUCCAGCCCUCAUGUCUGGGAAAUUCCGUUCAUUCCGUGCUUUGCUCUUUGUGUCCAUGGGCUUGUUCGGCCUAAUCCCUGCAGUACAUGCGCUCGUAGCUAACUGGAAUGAUCCCUACCGUAACAUAACAUUAGCUUAUGAAUCAGCCAUGGCCUUGUCGUACUUGAUCGGGACUCUGUUUUACGUUAGCCGGGUUCCAGAACGGUGGAAGCCUGGUUGGUUCGAUCUUGUUGGCCAGAGCCAUCAAGUCUUCCAUGUGUUUGUGGUAAUGGGGGCUUUGGCACAUUACGGUGCUGCACAGAUUUUCUUAAGAUGUCGGACCCAAAUCGGGUGCAAUAAUUGAAAUUGCAUUUUACGUUCUACAAAUUAACCCUUUUUAUAA